UUUUCGAUAGUAAUAGGUCAACGUUCCACGGUAAACGGUAAUCUUAAUAAAAAAACGGUAUCCAUUGUGCAUACAUUUGCAAUGUAUCCGACUAGUGUAUGUAACAUUGAUAAAUUACUGGUACACGUCAUCUCCCUAAACAGGUUUAGACUUUUCGACGAGUUUAUCCGACGAGUUCACCACACGAGCCAGCUAUUAUAGUGUAUAUUUUAUAUGAAAGUAAAAUAAUUAACGAUUCGCAAUCUGUGGCUGUAAUCUUUCGAACGCGCCCGCAAAUGUUCUAAUAAACGAUAACACGACCUACCUAUAAAUAAUGGUGCGCGAAUUUUGAACUGUAUAGUAUAGUAACAAUAGUUAAAUGACUUGACGAUAAAAAAUAAUCAAGGACCUUGAGAAAUAUCCAAAAGCUCUAUUAUUUACCGUCAGUCAUCACUCACGAUAUGUUUCCAUACUUACUUAUCCAUCGAUUAAUGUCAAAACUUUGGGCCCGUACACACAAAAACAUGCGAACUACAAUCGUUGAACCCGCGUGUCGGCGUAAAUACAAUACGUACAUCUUAUUAUAAUAAUAAUAUUGUGGAUCGUACUCGUUUUUUUUUUUUCUUUUGUCAAUUGUCAUUAUACUCAUCAGUGUUCGGUAACCAUUCCGUGGAGUUGAAUUCCCUAAAACCGUUCGCAUAUUUUAUUAUUAAUACUAUAUAUUUUAAUAAUGUACAAUAAUAGUUAGUAUAGAGAUUACAGGACGUUUGUUAUUCGUUUCGUUAAGAACGACAGUUGUUCGAACAGCUCGAUCAAUAAAUAUUAAAUAUAGUAAUCAAUAAUGUUAUACAUUUAUACACAAACAAGAACAUGUGCUCUCAUUCGACACAAAACAUAAAUCCAAUGAUAAAUAUUCAGAUAAGGCGAUCGGAACACAAUAAAAGCAGCGAACGUCUUAAUCAUCCACUCACUCGGCGAUGAUCACAUAGUAGCAUUAUCAUGUUAUCAUGUUGUGUCUCGAUCCGACGAGUUAACAGUGUUCAAACGGAAGUUUGAGUUUGAAGACGUUUUGUUCACCGACUGCAGCAGCUCACGUACCUAUUCGUAGUAUUUCGCGGGAACAUAAUAUUUUAUAUUAUAUUAUUUUGGAUUUUUUUGUUACACCGUAUUAAACUUACUGUAUUUACUCAGAUGGUAUUAUGUACACGAAAUACCAAUCGAAAGAAUCCACGUGAACGUUUUCCGAUUCGUAUAAACGUUUUUCACAUACGGUUUUCAGAAAAUUCCAUCCAAAUUAAUUAACACCAGAGUGACUAUUAACUGACUACCACAAUGAAAUUAAAUUCACGACACGUGUCUCAGAGAUGGGUAAUGGCCGUGAUGGGGAUGUUGGGGGUGACGAUGGCGUACGUAAUGCGGGCCUGUUUAGGAAUAACGCUCACGCAGAUGGUCAGGCCCGUUGUAGUGGUUGAAAGUGGCGUGACAUCCCAAGUUCACCACGACUACUGUCCGAUGCCACAGUCAUCAUCGCGUGGCCAUUCAAAGUCCAACAGGACAAACAUAGCCGAAGAUGAGUUCCGGAACCGAUUCGAUUGGGACGAGAAGACUCAAGGCGAGAUCCUGUCAGCGUUCUACUAUGGUUACAUAAUCACGCAUUUACCCGGCGGCAUCUUGUCCCAGAGAUUUGGUGGUAAGCACACGAUGGGCUUUGGAAUACUAUCCACCGCAAUCUUCACGCUCUUGACGCCAUACGUGUCGUACAUGGGAUCCAGGCCACUGACUAUCCUGCGGUUCGUCGAAGGACUCGGAGAAGGCACUACGUUUCCGGCUCUUUGCACACUCCUGGCACAAUGGGCCCCGCCUGAAGAAAAAGGAAAGCUCUCCACGCUAGUAUUUGCAGGUGUGCAAAUUGGUAAUAUUUUCUCAAACUUUUUGAGUGGUUUUAUCAUACAGUACAUACCCGGUGGUUGGCCAAACGUUUUUUACUUCUUCGGCGUAACCUCAUUGAUUUGGUUUGUGCUCUGGUGUUUGUUGGUUUACAACGACCCGAACUCCCAUCCGUUCAUAUCGGACGUGGAGCGUGACUACUUAAAACAGUCGAUUGGAAGUCUAGAAAGGAAAAAAGACUUGCCCCCCACGCCAUGGUUAUCCAUAUUAACUUCGUGGCCAGUAUGGGCACUGAUCAUUGUUGAAGCAGGACACGACUGGGGUGGUUUUACGAUUGUCAGUGAUCUUCCGAAAUACAUGAGCGACGUAUUACACUUUUCCAUUACUGAGAACGGUUUAUUAUCGUCCAUUCCAUAUAUCGCCCAAUGGGUAACUUCGAUCUUAGCUAGCAUAUUGGCUGACCGGUUGAUAAGCAGACAAAUAAUGACUGUCACUGCGGUCAGAAAAAGUUACGCUAUAAUAGGAACUGUCGGGCCGGGUAUGGGUGUGAUGUGUGCUUCGUUUGUCGGAUGUGACAAAAUGAUCGCAACUUUGUGUUUUACUUUGGGUAUGGCACUAAUGGGAUUCUGUUAUCCCAGCAUCCGUAUCAAUUCACUGGACUUGUCGCCCAAUUAUGCUCCUACUAUAAUGGCACUGGUCAAUGGCAUUGGUUGCUUAUCAGGAAUGGCCACUCCAUAUGUUGCCGGAAUUUUAACACCAAAUAGAACCGUUUUAGAAUGGCGUUUAGUAUUUUGGAUUAUGAUGAUAGUAAUGACAGCAUCAUCUGUAGUGUAUGGGCUGUUUGGAUCUGGCGAAUUGCAACCAUGGGAUGACUUAGAACAAUAUUAUUUAAAAGAAAAAGAAAAAGCAAAAAGAGGAUUACCUAUGGAUGAAAGAUUAAGUAUAGUUCAUUCAAAAUCUAUAGAAGAUGGAAGACAGUCAAAUAAUUAGAUCCUUGACUAAUUAUACUUACAAAAUACAAAACAAUCCUAUACUGUAAAUUAUGUUAUUGAAAUAUGUUACCUAUUAAUGUAUAGUAAUGAAAUGAUGUGAAUAUUUAUUUAGUUUGUAAAUACUUAUUAUAUUUAGAACCAGUUAAUUGUUUUAAAAUGUAAAAAAUAAUAGUAAGAAAAUAUAUUAUAUUUGUAUAUUAAAAAAAUAAUUUAUUUUAAAUUAAAUUAAAUGUAAUUGUUACAAA